GCACAACGUUUGCAAAAGUCGAUUUCAAAAGUAUAACGGUCGCUUUGGUAGCGAGUCGAAGGUGUAAAAAAAUUGUGUGUGGAAAAAUUCUCGUGUUCUUUAUAUUUGGUUAACAAAGAAAGUGCUUUUUUUUGUGAGCAAAUCCUAAAUAAAAUGUUUAACUGAAAGUGAAUUCCCACAAUCAAUAGUUCGAAAUUGAAAAUUGUAUUGGAAAAAUGUGCCGCUCAACGGUUUUUGUAAUUGUCUUGAUUUGUUCAGUAUUAGCGUCGAAUGUUCAAGGUUCUUGUCUGGAGUAUGGACAUUCAUGCUGGGGUGCGCAUGGUAAACGCUCCAGUGGCUCGGCUAUUGUCGACAGUAAAACUCGGCUUGUGGAGCGAAAUUCACGCGGCGGCAACCAAUUAAAUUUGCUAGACGACGACAAUUCAAAUCGAUUUGUGGCUAACAAGUUCGACAUCAGUGAGGCAACCACGUCGGCUGAAACUGCACCACACAUAGCCAUGAGUGCAGAAGACACCUCAGCAGAUUCGACAAAAGAGCGCAACUACAUGGGACAAACGCAACUAAAAUUUCCGUUACAAAAGACUAACAGUGAGAACAGCAACUUACCGCUAGAUAACAGUAUUCGAAAGAGUGAGACGGCUGGCUUGCGUGAAGAACGGCAACGCUCUCUACAUUUGCAACAAAAACGCAAGUAUCCGCAACAUAUUGAACGCUGGCAUAAGUUACCGAUUUUCGGCUUACGACGCACCUACAGCAAUUCACCAUUGACGUUGACCGAUGCUGUACCGCUAGAAUUGCCGACACGUAAUGCUGAGAAUGAUUUACUACAACAAAUUGGACAGUUGGCGGGCGAAAGAUUCGACGAUGUUGGUGUUUACUAUGACUUUCCAUAGAAGUUAGAGAGAUUAGAGGGAGAGGAGCGCUGUGGGCAGAACGUGAAGUAAACAUUUGAAGGCUGCAUAAACGCAAACGCACACACAUGCAAACAGUUACAUUAUGUAUGAGUUUUUUCUGUUUAAAAGUGAUUUUUAAAAGGUUACAAAAUUAAAAAAAAAAAAUUAAAAUUAAAACAAUGUAAGUGCAUGAGAAUAUUCUCUAUGAAAGAAAUUACAUAACCAAUUUAAAAGGCUCUAAAUGUAAACAUUUUAUUAUAAGAGAACUCUAUUUGUGUAUUUUAGGCGUUGCACUAAGAUAAAUAACAAAGAUUUUACAAAAAAAAAUUGUCUAACAAAAUUCAACUAUUUAACUAAAAUGUACAUUGUUGUAAGUUAUUAAAUUUUAUGCAAUUUAUGGCUACAUAAUGAUCAGGUUACUCAUUAUCAUAAAAUUUAAAUUAACUCGAUCUCCAUCUAUUUGUCAAAAUAUUGAUGCAAUGGGCUGGAUGCAUCAAUAUUAUUGACGACUAUUAAAGCUGUGUUUAAAAUAAAGUUGAAAAUACUGCAUAUGCAUAAGUAUAAGCAACCAUGUAUUUGUUUUCAAUUCGCAAAAACAAUAUUUAAAUUAACAAACAAAAAAAAAUAAAAAUUAAUUACAAAUAUGAAAAUCUCUAAAAAAUAUAAAA